UUGGAUCGCCGUUUCCCGAACAUCCCGUUAAGGUUUUCGGGCAGGCGAAUAUGUACGUGGCCUUAUGGUAUAAGCACGGUGUUCCUAUUCAUGGACGAGCUUGGAACAACGGCGGUGUUUUGGAGUGCUCGUUCCCGUAUAAGAAGGCCGAACUGACGGGUGCUAAAGAUCUUGGUGGGCAAAUUCAAGUCAGUGCUCUGGCUAUCCAUCAACUGUGGUUCCAUUUGAAUAAGGUAUCAAUAGUACGUGUGAAAAUGAAAGAUGAUACUUUUCAGGUACUCCAAUAUCCAGGUGAUCAUAACACUCUCGGAUUUUGGUAUGAAUGGAUCAAAUAUAAAGAUCGUUUCGAAAAAACCGAAGAUCGUCAAAUGGUGAAAUGCGGCGAUUCGUUGCCGAUUCUAUGGAAGGAUCGUAAAGAAGGUGCUCUGUUGGGAUAUUUGGACAAUAAGACC